CUCCAACUUGGACGAAAGAGAAAAAAAGAAACGUCGACUCCUGUUGUUGUUAUCAAGGCUUUUUUGUUUUGCUGUGUUUUUCUGGCGUUUUUCUCGUAACGCCGAAAUCAGACAUGGAAGACGACGUCAUCACAACACUGAAAAUAUUAAUAAUUGGAGAAAGUGGUGUUGGGAAAUCAAGUCUUUUGCUGCGAUUCACAGAUGACAUGUUUGAUCCAGAGCUGGGAGCUACAAUUGGCGUGGAUUUUAAAGUGAAGACCCUCACAGUGGAUGGUAACAAGACGAAACUUGCUAUCUGGGACACAGCUGGUCAGGAGCGUUUCCGAACACUGACGCCGAGCUACUACAGAGGAGCUCAAGGAGUUAUUCUGGUCUACGACGUGUCAAGAAGAGACACUUUUGCGAAGCUGGACAACUGGCUGAAUGAGCUGGAGACGUACUGCACAAGGAACGACCUGGUCAAGAUGCUGGUGGGGAACAAAAUCGACAAAGACGGCCAUGAAGUGGAAAGAAACGAAGGACUAAAGUUUGCACGAAAACAUUCCAUGCUUUUCAUUGAGGCGAGCGCCAAGACGCGGGACGGUGUGCAGUGUGCGUUUGAGGAGCUGGUGGAGAAGAUCCUGCAGACCCCGGGGCUGUGGGAGAGCGAGGGGAAGCGGGGCCUAAAGCUGGCCGACCUGGAGGAGGAGCAGGGGGGAGGGGGCUGCGGAGGAUACUGCUCCCUCGUCUGAUGCCGCUCCCUUCUCCUAUCCAGCCAUAUAUCCAUCAGGCCGUUCGUCCAGCCAUCCAGACAAGCAUACACACACCCACAAGCACACACAAAUUCAAAGAUACCCACACACACACACACACACACACACACACACACACACACACACACACACACACACACACACACACACACACACACACACACAUAUGGACACUUGAAGACACACACACACACACACACACACACCACGCUGUGCACGCCAUGCUGAAACGCUAGACCCAUGACAAGGGAAGGACUUAUCACACAUUACACAGCCACAGUCAAGCUUGUGCCCUGUCUCUGUGUUAUCACAGGCACUGGCACACUCAUGCACGCACACACUUGAGCACACCUACACACACACACACACACACACACACACACACACACACACACACACACACACACACACACACACACACACACACACACACACACACACACACACACACUUAUAGACAUAGUACAUACCUACAUGCCCUGCACAUUAACACCCAUCCAUGCAGUAUGUUGUAGGACCAUAGAUGUUUCUUCUGAUAUCAGAAAAAAAUGUCUUAUGAUCACAUUGUUUUUCACUGCAAAGCCGGGAGCACAUUAACGCUAAACGUUCUCCGACCGAAGACCGAAUUGUGCAUUAACCUUUCACUGGGAGUGGGUUCUGAUGACUUGAAACAGCACCAUGAAAAUCAGCAUGCGUUCCUUGUACUUACAAGGCAAACAAUAAAUACCUUAUUGGUUCUUUUAAGUUUAAAUUGACAUGUAAAAUGGGGUACUACUAGAGCAACGGGAAAAAGAUAUUUGCUGCAUAAGUAAAAGCACCCACAUAUUCAACCAAAUAUCUAAAAGAUAUAUAUGUCAAAUCGAAUAUUUGAAUGCUCUUCAUAGCAUUUGAUUCAUUUUAGUUUGUUUGUGUAAAUAUCUGUUUUAUAUGAGUUGUGGGUUGCACACGCAUGAUAACAUAAGUCACACAAACCUGACGUGUUUCUGUGCUUGACUUGGUCUGACCUGCAUUUUCUGGUAAAGAUGCAGAGUACUUUUUUUCUAUUUAGUUGUGGCUGUGACAUGCACAUGUUCUUGCUGCACAUACACACCGCCACAACUAGGCUACUGUGCUAAAAGACAGUGACCAGCUGUUAGGGGUGCACGGAUAUUGCCUGGGAUGCCUUGUCGGGAAAGCCGGAAGUGUCUGGGCAGUCUUGGCUAAGUGUGUUUGUGGCAGAUGUACCCUUGUCCUGUUGUGUCAUGUGGUGUCGGAGCAGAUGUGAGCGCAGGCGUGUGAUAAAAGCACCGCAGUAGUCUGUAUUUUGGCUUCAAGGUGCAAAUCCGCCAACUAGCAUGUGGCGGAAAGUUCUGGGAGAGCAUUGCCUGUUUAGCACAGAUGCACGUGAGUCAUAGUGGUGUGUGUACAAGCUGUUGAACAGAAUGACUGACGAGACCAACAAACAGAUAUUCAGUCAGACGAACAGACAGAGACAGACUAUAAUGGCACAGAAGCAAAAGUGUGAUGCCCUUUCCUCUUCUUUAGCUCCUUCCCUCCCUUUUUUUACAGUUUGUCCCAUUUCAUUACUUUUGAGUUUUUGUAUUCCCAGAAUGGAUUUUAGUGCUGUUAAAACUACCGUUGACAUUGACCCUAAGCUGUCUAGCAGUUGGGCCUACCUUUUCUUUUUUGGCAUACCAGCAUGGAGAUGUGUGUAGGCAUGCAAUUUCGUUUUUUUUCUCUCUCUCUCUCUGUUUUCUUUCAUUUCUGAUAAAUGUUUGUAUGUCAAUUGAGCUGAAAUGUGUUUUGGUUUUCCUAUUGGGCAGUGCUAUAGGGCGUUUUGUGUAUAUCAUUUUCUUUGGUUCCACUAAUAUGCACAUCAUUUCUAUUUAUUAGUGUUCAAUGAAGGCUCUCCAAAGAUGCAUCAAUUUUAACUGAAAAUACAAGAUAGAAUUUGCUACACGAUGGAACUUACAGAAAGGACUUGUGAUAUCAGCCAUAGAUAUCAGUACUGUUAAAACAAGCAAACAAAAAACAUCCCUCCAGGAAUGGCAAAUAAUGUUUAUCUUAGCAUUGGCAAAGCUUAUUGCAUGAUUAUUAUUUUUUUUAACAAAUUGAUAUUAUAUAUUCUGACCAAUACCCUCCUUCUUUGUAUCUUCAGAAACCUUAAAUAAGUAUUUACAAUAAAUAAAGAAAAUAA